AUGGAAUCUCCAAGACAGUUAGAAACCGAUACCGUAGAGUAUUGGAGAAUACAAGCUAAACAUUAUGAGCAAAAAGCUAACGACAUUCAACAAGAACUAGAUGAGUACACAGAAAAUUCAGCACAACUUGAGAAAGAAUUAGAAGCAUCAUUAGUACAAGUUGAAAAACAGAAUAGAGAUUUGGAAUUUCAAAAUCAACGUUUAAAAAAUGAAAUUGAUAUACUCAGGAAAAAAUUAGAACGAAGUCAACAUGAAACAAAUGCCUUAGAAAGUGAAUUACAAGCAUUAAAAAUAGAAAAGGAGAAACAAGCAAUUUACAUAAGAGAAAUCGAACAGAAAAAUGAUGAUCUUGAAAGAGGACAAAGGGUUAUAUCGGAGUCAGUCUCAUGUAUAGAAACAUUACUAAACCAAGCAUAUGAAAGAAAUGCUGUUUUAGAAAGUGAAGUAGAUGAAAUUGAAAACUUGAGAGUUAAACUUCAAAGAGCAACCGAUGAGGCCAGAGAUCUCAAACAGGAAUUAAAAGUUAUAGAAAAAAUACCAGAAUAUAAGAAGGAAGAUGGCAGUGUAAAUGAAAAUGUGUGCAAUGGUGUGUCCAUCACAAAUACAUCUCGAACACAAGUUGAAAUAGAAACACAAACUUCAAUAUCUUCACCACAGAAACGUGAAAUUAACGGCAAUGCAAUGACACCUUCUUCCCGAGUUACGGCAAUAAAUAUAGUUGGAGAUCUGCUGAGGAAAGUGGGGCGAGCGACAAAGUCGAAACGACAGACUCGGCUCCUCGCCGUAUGGUAG